CCGCCCGUCGCAUGACCUCUCCAAGACCAGCUGAGACCCAGGAGAUCAAAUUAUGGGCCGUAGCGUGACCUACGCGCGGAUCCUGCUCAGACAAUGCUCGGUAUAAACCCCAUAGCAAUCGCGGCGCGUUGUCUCGAGCUCGACGGCCUACCUCUCCCAACAAUGUUCGUCGUGUUAAGGCGCCUCUUCACCACCUUGGCCUUAGCCUUCGGCGCCGUAGCUCUCUCCGCGCCCACUGUCACAGUUCGGAAUGGCACGUAUACCGGCCUGUCGCUGCCCUCGUUCAAGCAGGAGCUCUUCCUGGGCAUGCCGUACGCGCAGCAACCUCUCCCUCCCGAUCUCCGUCUUCGCGCGCCGCGAUCGCUCAACUCGUCGUGGACCGGCACGCGCAACGCGACGGAAUACAGCCCUAUUUGCAUAGGUUACCCGGCCAUUGGCGCGAACGACGAUGAGGGGUAUGAACUCAGCGAGGCUUGUCUGACGAUGAACGUCGUGCGUCCUCAGGGCGUUAAGGAAGGCAGCAACCUCCCAGUGAUGGUCUGGAUCUACGGAGGAGGGUUCAGUAUGGGUGGAAGCGCGGAUCAUCGUUACAAUGCUACAUGGAUCGUGCAACGCAGCGUGGAGAUGGGCCAGCCCAUCGUCUUUGCGAGCUUCAAUUAUCGUGUUACUGCCUUCGGAUUCAUGUGGUCAAAGGAGCUUGCCGCAGAGGGCGUAGGCAACUUUGGUCUUCUCGACCAGUAUCUCGCUCUGAGGUGGAUUCACGAAAAUAUUCACGCCUUCGGCGGCGACCCGUCCAAGGUUACCAUCAUGGGCGAGAGCGCGGGCGCCAUCAGCAUCUCCCUUCAACUCCUCGCCUAUGGCCAGACCUCCACUCACCUCUUCCGCGCCGGCAUACUCGAAUCCGGCUCGCCCUCGACGUGGAACUACCUCACGCCGGCGGACUAUCAACCCCAAUUCGACGCCGCCGCCGCCGGUGCGGGAUGCGGCAACGCCACGGAUGUUUUGGCAUGCCUCAGGAGCGCGCCAUUGGAAGCGUUCGUGAACGCUACGAACGGGACGGACACGCUCGCGUGGGGCCCGGUUGUGGACGGCACGUUCAUCAAGGGCAGCGUGACCGCGACGUUGAAGCGGGGCAGAUUCAUCAAGGUGCCUUUGUUGCUUGGAGCCAACCUCGACGAAGGCGCGACCUUCGGACCUCGGGGGCUGAACAACGAGACGUCCAUCGCGGAGGCACUGGCAACGCAGUACGCACACCUGAGCAACGAUAGCAUCAGCAAGAUCCUCGAAUAUUACCCUGACGACCCGUCAAUCGGAUGCCCGUACAACACUGGCGACGGUAUCCUUUCCACCGGGACGCAAGACAAGCGGGCGCUGAGCAUCUGGGGUGAUAUAUACAUGCACGCUGGGCGCCGACUGUUGGCGGAGAGUGUCGCAUCGUCGCAUGACGUCUACUCGUACCACUUCGCGCAGGCGCCCGACAACUCGACGGUCGAGUACGGUGUAACGCAUUUCCAGGAAGUCGCGUUCGUGUUCAGCAACCCGCUCCCGACGCAGAACUCGCUCUCUACCCGUCCCGGCGAUGCCGAACUCGCGAAGCUCAUGACCAGCUACUGGAUAUCCUUCGUCUACAAUCUGGACCCCAACCAUAGCGGCGUCAAGGGAGCUCCACAAUGGCCAAGUUAUCGCCAUCAGAAGAAGAACGUGGUGUUCAAGCGCAAGGGAAGCUACGUCGAGGAUGAUGAUUACCGUGCGAAGGGUGUUGCCUUCCUUAACUCGCUAGAGGGCGAGAUGCAACAUUGAAACCCGUUCAGAAAGUUCUUGCCUUCGCGCCAAUCUAAUGUUUGUAUAAUCGAAAGCGAAUAUAACUGCGGUGAAAGCACUGCGUCUCGAAGAUCUGGAACUCGUCGAAGACCCCCACCGGCCGUCGUCGUCCGCUGCUAUAUGCAAUGCAGGCAUUUGAUUAUCACCUGGACUAUUUCAAC